UCGGGAACAGCUUUCGUUACGGAAACAUCUGGGAAUCCAGUGAUAAUAACAAGUUGCGUUUGAGUGCAAGUGUUUGGAAAUUGUGGGAAGAGAGUUGAAAAUUGAUCGGAGGACUUUUUGUGGACAAAAGUGUUAAGUGAAUUCUAACAGAUGGCAGCCGUAAUGAGAAGCAUGGCCUUAGGGCAAAACAUUCAUAACAUUCUGCCAAACAACUGCAUUCUGGUGCAGCAGCAUAAGCCAAUCAAUCACCAUGGGAAGCGGCCAAUUGCGCCAGCUCCAAUGAUGGUGACAAACCUGCCUCAAGGAGUUGGACUGAAGUGCAAAACAGGAGUGACUGCUGCGAAGAAAUAUGCUUACUGUGGAUUGCCGUACGCGCCGACUCCCCAACAAGCGGCUUCCGUACAGCGGAGGAAUGCACGCGAGCGCAACCGUGUGAAGCAAGUGAACAAUGGAUUUGCAAACCUGCGCCAGCAUAUUCCACCGACUGUGGUUUCGGCGUUGUCCAAUGGUGGUCGCGGAGCCAGCAAGAAGCUCAGUAAGGUUGACACGCUUCGCAUGGCGGUGGAGUACAUCCGUAGUCUGCAGAAGAUGCUGGACGAGAAUAGUGAAAACAAUCAGAGUUGUCUGAGUCAGAUAUCUUCCUCGAGUUCUUAUUACGGAACUAUGUCUGAGUCAUCAACUGCCUCCUCGCCGACUCCAUCGCAAAUUUCUGAAAACUCGUACUCGCAGAUGGGAGCUACCACUUUCAAGAACGAGCCUUAUGAUAUCUACAUUGACCCAUCCACCUCGCCGGCACCUUCGUACACCUCGGAAAUUCCUAUUCAGCAGCACCAUCAAACGAUGAUUCCGGGCAUGACCAGUCUCAGCCCCAGCGGCAAUAACAACUACAUCCAUGUCAUGGGAAACCAUCAGCAAGUGUACAAAUCGGAAAUGUACCACGAGGAAUACGACGAAGGAAUGAGCCCCCAGAAUCCAGAGGACGAAGAACUUCUGGAUGCUAUCACCUGGUGGCAACAGCAACAGUGAUCUGUUAAUCGAUUUAUCACUAUGAGAACAAACCAAAAAGAUUGCGUCUUCGUACCGAACUGACGUACUCCCGAGAGCUCCGGCUGGACUGGGUCAACACGCACGUCAUGGAAUCCUUUCCGUCUGCCGACAAUUGCGCACGGUGGAGUCAACCUGAAACGUUGUCACCGCAGCGAAGCAUUCCCCGGAGUGGCGCACUGACCGUCGCCGGGCACUCACCUCACCCCCCCCUGAGAACAAACAGACUGUACUAAUUGCAAGAACAACUCGAAAUUCUCGACACUGCCAGUAAGUGCCGCUGUUUGGUGGUGAACAAACUGCCAAUCUAGUCAAAGCGGUUUCUACUCCUACUCUGUUUAGCGAAUAGUAUGUAAUUAACCGAGCGGGCCGGGCCGGAUGAUUGAUGUCCAGUCCGCGCCCCGCGAGGAUCUUCUUGUUAACGUUGUUAUUAAUUUCUGCGGGAAACGCACUCAACUAAGUUAAGAAGGCGACAACGGCCACCAGUGACUGCUAGUUUUUACGAUCCCAACUCUAGAUGUUAAGAUUUGCAACCAACUUGUAGCAAUCUAAGUACAAGGCUAUGUUAAGAACGAUUGAAUGGAAAAGAAUACAAAAGCAAUUUAAAACAAAAAUCAA